CGACUGCUCGGAUACGAAUGAUGAAUGUCAUUUUGGAAACAUUCUCAAUCGCAGUAAUCGGUAAUCUAGUUUGAAUGAAAAUAAAAACAAAAACAAUUUUGCAUAAUGGAUGGUAUGAAGAAAAGAUCGAAGCCUAUCCAACGGAAAAAUGUGUGGUCAUCAGCUCAGAUCCAGCUACUGAUUGAAAUGUGGGAGGACAAAAUUAAUGAUCUUCGUGGUAGUCGAAAAAACAGUCAUGUGUAUGAAGAGAUCAAAGAGUCGUUCAAGCCACAUAACAUCGACGUUUCAACAAAAGAAAUAAAAAAUCGAAUUCACAAUUUAACCGCGCGGUACAGGAAAGAAAAAGCAUCAAUCGGUCCAUCAGGUGGAUCUCCUUCACCGUGGCCAUAUUAUGAUAAAGUUCAUAAAAUACUCGGUAGCUUCAAAAUAAAUAAUAUCGAAUCGAUCAUUGUGGAUAGUAUAGAAAAUAAUACCGAUUCGAUAAAUGAAGAGUGGCUGAAUGUUGAUGAAUCCACUUUUGAGACAGAUCCAUCAACUAUCAAUCCCCCGACUCAGCCCGGUUCCGUCCCACAUUUGAAUACUUCUACUGGCCUAACAAAGACAAGAUUUAAGAGAUCCCAUGUUCAGAACGAGCUAAUUGAAGAAUUUCGAAAAACAAAUAUAUGUAUUGAGCUGGAGCUAGCAUACAUGAGAGAAAAUGAUGAAAAAUUGCUAUCUUUAGAAAAAGAAAGAAACUUAAUUCUUAGAGAAAUGAGCGCCAGCUCAAUUGCACUUAGUAAUGCACUUAUUGCAUGCUUAAACAAGUGACAAGCGGCAGUGAAUAAUACGAAAAACAAUGCACAGUGCGGUAACUAGAUUUGAAGAAGUGAAUGGCUGAUCUGUCACAAUAUUUUAGAAAAUACAAUGAAAAAUCGAUGAAUUAAAUAGUAUGAA